UUUGUACUCCUGAAGCGCUCAGAGCUUCCUGAAGCUCCAGGCUCAGAUCUGUUGAUCAGAUCUAAUAACUUUUUUUACGCGCGCGGAGCUAGCUGUAAUGACGCAGCCAAGUGUCAGCGCGCGAGGGGUGUGUGUGACACGAGCCUUCAUAUUUCUCUGACGUGAGACAGAAACUCUCAGAAGAUAAGAAGUCAAGCGGACACAAACUAAAAAAAAACAACUAAAAAAACAGACAAAAAAGGCCAGAGAGAGAGAGAGAGAGUGAUAAAGAGAGAGUGAGAGAGAGACUGAGGGGGAGAUGAGGACCUUCCAGAGCCAAAGCCAGGCUGCGCAGCGCGGAGCCUCCAGCAGCCUGCACAGCCUCCACCACAGCUGCAAAGUGAGCCCCCUCAGCACGGCCAGCGUCACCCUCACAGCCCUGCUCAUCCUCACCAUCCCAGUCUGCAAAAGUGCUCCAGCAGAACUUCAACAAGCCACAACAGACCAGAGGCAGCUCCUCAGCCAGAUAGACGCUGUUUGCUCAUCCUACCUCUCUGCAGACCUGAAGAUUUGGGCGUCUGAUGUCUUAGGAGAACUCUGUGUGUUGAUGCUGGUUCAGAAGUCAAAGGAGCUGAAAGUUCGAGCAAACAGUAAAAGGGCUGAGCUCCAGGGACCUGGGGGAAUCCAGAGCAGAGGUUACUUCCUCUAUCGGCCACGAAAUGGAAGACGCUCCUUAGAAUAUGAAUAAAUUAAAGAGUCUUCACCUCUGAAGCUGAGUGUACAGAAACAACACAGACCCUGAGACCCGAGCCGCUGCACCACGACUGAGUGAUCCAGACUUCAGCCCUCUGCCACUGCUGUAUAGUGAUGUCUGAAUGUACACAAAUAAUAUGAUUAAAAUACUAUUCAUUUGUCCACAUUUUAUUUUGUGUUAAAUGUGUGUCAUUUGCAUUAAAACUGCUACAAUGUGGUCGGG